AUGCCUUCUACCGUUCUUGGAAAGAGGACUCGCAGCUCAGCUCGAGCAGCAACUCUGGAUGCAACGCCCAACACCUCAACGCGCGCGACACGGCGAACAGCAUUCGUGAUCCUCGACGAAACUGAAAACGAAAACCCAUUUGUUACACCAAAGAAGCAAAAUGCGCGCAUCAAAGAUGCAAUGGACGUGGACAUGGGCGAGGAUGCCGAGGAGGAGGAACCAUGCACAAAACGCGGAAGGAAAGCUCGUGCAACACCUGCAAAGACUGCUGUGUCGCGACUGCCGUUGUCAGCAGCGAAAGAGAACUCGCCUGCAAAAGUGUCUACCCGAGCUUCAGAUAAGAUCUCUUGCACGCCCUCGACUCCUCGACACCGUGACGCGCUUUCCAACAAGGUCACAGUCACACCAUCGCGACGACUCAUCAUCGCCGGCCGACCAUUGACUCCUCGCACACCACAUACAUCAGGCACACCCCGGAGCACAGCACCAACAGUCUACAAUGAAGCGCGUCAGGUUUUCGCACGCGGCUCUGCACCCACAUUACUCUUCGGGCGCGACAGCGAACGAACCGAGCUGCAAAACUUCAUCUCCACGCGAGCCAAGACCAAGAAGUCCGGAUGCAUUUACGUUUCUGGCCCGCCAGGCACCGGCAAAAGCGCAUUCGUCGGCGAUGUGUGUCGAACAGUCGCCGCAGAUGGAUCUGUCAAGACGGGGUACAUCAACUGCAUGAGUGUCAAGAACGCUGUAGACUUGUACAGAACAUUGCUCGAGGAGUUCGUGGACAUUACAGAAAUCACCGAGGGCGACGAGAUGGAGGAGCUGAGGAGGCUGUUCAUGCGGCGCAAGACGUCUUACGUUGUUACACUCGAUGAAGUCGACCAUCUGCUGGAGUUGGAUAUCGACCUGCUGUACAACAUCUUCGAAUGGUCUUUACAGAAAAAUUCAGGCCUGGUUCUGGUCGGCAUUGCGAAUGCUCUCGACUUCACAGACCGAUUUCUGCCCAGGCUUAAGGCCCGCGGGUUGAAGCCUCACCUCCUGCCUUUCCUUCCAUACACCGCACAGCAAAUCUCAUCGGUCAUCACCUCGAAGCUGAAGGCACUGCAACCAGCUGGAUCUGAUCAGUUGCCCUUCAUUCACCCGACCGCUAUCAUGUUCCUGUCCAAGAAGGUCGCUGCACAGUCCGGCGAUCUGCGCAAAGCCCUGGACAUCUGCCGAAGGGCAAUCGAUCUAAUUGAGGCCGACACGCGCAACCAACAUGCCAUCAAGGCCGCGGAAAUCACACCCUCUCCCACACCUUCCCCCUCGAAAACGCCGUUAGUCGAGAACACCAACCUCUCAGCACCAGUCGCUGUCAGGUCUCCCUCCAAGCCAAAAGCACAAAAUGCUCUCGCGACCUUUUUGGCUCAACUUACCGCGGAAACCGCACCUCGAGCUACAAUCGCACACAUGGCGAAGAUUACCGCAGCAGUCUUCAGCAACGGUACCACUCAACGCCUCCAUAACCUCAACCUGCAGCAAAAGGCAGUCCUUUGCUCUCUCUCAGCCAUGGAAAGGAAGAAGCGCGCCUCGGCAGCCGACAGCGUGCUCAACACGUCCUCAGGGUCGCACAAUACAGCCCCAACCCUCAAGGAGUUGUUCGAAGCCUACACUGCCCUCUGCAAGCGCGAGAACGUGCUUCAUCCGCUCACCAGCACCGAGUUCCGCGAUAUCGUGGACAGCUUGGAGACGCUUUCACUCAUCUCGGCUGUGGAGGGCAAGACUGGAUCGUUGGUUGCAGAUGCUGGUACACCGAGCAGGAGGGGCAGGAAGACGAGUGGUUUCCCGGGUGUGGUUGUGGAGGAUCGCAGAGUUGCAAGUGCAGUGGGUACAACUGAGUUGGAGAAUGCUCUUACUGGGGCUGGCAGCAGUAUCUUGAAGGAGAUUCUGUACGAUGACUGA